AUGGCUUCCAAUGACACAGCUCCCCCCAACCUGGGGGGCGCCUCUGAUCAGGCAAAACCUGGUAGAGCGUCUCCAGCACCACAAUCGAAGCGCGACCGCAAGCGCCAGGUGCUUGCCGACAAGAUUAACAAUCUACAAGAGAAGUUCAACAGAGAUCGUGAUCUCGGAUAUCGUGACCAGCUCCAGAAGGUCCAGGUUGAUACCAACCUCGUUCAACGUAUCGACCCUUACUCGGAAGAUGUCCUCAGUGUCAUCGCCAGUCUGCGCCAGGAGCAUGACGAAACCCAGGGGCAGGAACCGCUCGCAGAAAACAGCCGUACCCUUCUGCAGAUGGCUGGCCCCAAAUUUGAGGACUUUGUCCAGGGAAUCGAGGAUCUCAUUGAGUACCGAGACUUUCAUUUGCUCCAACACAUGCACGAACAUGAGCGCCGCCUCCACCAGUACAAGAACGAAUACCUCUACAAGAUCGAAACUGCAAAGCGCGAGCAUAAUGCCCUUUCUGCUACACUCCGUGACCGUCUCGUCAACACUCUUCUCUCGAGAAAAUACCGUCUCAACAAAGAGAAGGAGGCUUUAGAGAUCUCCGAUUCCUCUGCGCUGCUACUCCACCCCAAUCAAUUCAGCAUUACCAACCCAGCGAGCCCGGGCGGCACACAUGGAAAGCGAGCGACGAGAUUGCGCAAGGAUGCCGAAGAUCUUUCCGGCUACUCGGACAGCAAGAAGCGAAAGAGAAAUCCAGGCGAGGACGACGGCUCUCCUGUUCCGUCCCGACGAGCGCUCGACCCUAACAGUACGACGCCCCUCUGGCAGAACGAGAAGCUCCGCGUCGCCGCCAAGCAGAACGGUCCAGCAUAUAGCAUCGACAAGCUCUUUACCGAAAAAGAGCUUACGAUGGCUUAUAACGCCGCAGCUAUUGCUGCCCAUAAGCACAUCCUGAGACACAAAGCUUACGCAAAUGGUGGCUCGUCCCCUGGCAGUGACUCCGGUCACGGCGAGGACGGCGACCAGGAUAGCGAGGCUUGGCCUGCAGCGCCGAUGAUGGAGCGCACCAGCUCUCACGCGACUAGGAGCACAAGAGCUGGUAUUAACCAGAACCUCAUUGACGCUGUUGAGGGAGCCAAUGGCUUAGAACUGCCCAAGUACCUUGAAAUCAUGCACCCGCAUGAGCCUGCCAAGCUGCCAUCAUCGUCCAUGACCAACUACUUCAAGCCGGUCAGAGGCAACACCGACGCCAAUCUCCCACAAUCAUUGUCGCAAGAUGAGAUAAGCUCCGACAUCAUGGUUAUGGACUUGUUCAAAAAAUAUGACGCUAGCCACAAGCCUGGCGACUCAAUUGAUCAUCCCAACGGCAGCAGAAAGCUUCUUGAAGCUGCCAUAACACCUUACACCAGGACGCCGUGGUCGGGCUUCAAGCCAGGCCCUCGACCGGACCCGACUAACCUUAGGGAGGAUCUUCAACCGAUCGAGAGCAGCGUUAGAGACGAAGCCCCUGUAUCAUCGCUGGCGGCUGUAGCCGCAGUCCCAAUGAGUCGCACUAGCAGUGCCGCAGGUGGCGCAGCCAUGAGCCGACAGGGCAGCUCCCGUGGCAAGGGCCGCAAGAACCAGUCAUGA